UAGCGAACGAUGCACGUGUAACGCACCCUAUGUAAUGCUAGUGUAUAGGGUAUGUGUAGCAAUUUGGGACGCGCCCACGGCUCUUCUCUUGAUACCUCGCAAUGUAUUUAGCUAGUUUUCGUUGCCUUCCUUUAGCUUAGCCAUGUUAAAAUCUUCUCGAUAGAACAGUGUUGUUCAGUGAUUUUAAUGUUUAAAUAAAUAUUACGUAAAUAAUUAUAACUAGACAUGUUUCCAGAUAUUUGUAUUUUUUUGCACUGUUUGUAAAUAAAGGAAGCUCGGAGGUUGCGGAUAAGAAGAAACGGUUGUAGUGGUAAACCUGAACAUAUCAUAUGUGUCACCUGGAGGGCUGCGAUAAUGGCAGAUGACAAAGAUAUACUUCGAGAUGUGUGGUUCGGCCGGAUACCAGCAUGCUUCACACUUCAUCCAGAUGAAGUCACAGAGAGAGAAGCAGAACCGUUUUAUCUUCUCCUACCAAGAGUCAGUUAUCUGACGCUAGUGACCGACAAGGUCAAGAAGCACUUUCAGAAAGUCGUAAAAGCUGAAGAUGUAGAGGAAAUGUGGUUUGAAUAUGAAGGGACACCUCUGAAGUGGCACUAUCCAAUUGGAGUGUUAUUUGAUCUCCAUGCUUCAAAUACAGCUCUCCCCUGGAGCAUCACUGUGCACUUUAAGCAUUUUCCUGAUCGAGACCUACUCCGCUGCUCCACGAACGCUGUCAUAGAAGCUCAUUUUAUGUCUACAAUUAAAGAAGCAGAUGCAUUUAAGCACAAGGGCCAGGUCAUCAACGACAUGCAGAAAAAAGAUCACAAGCAGCUGUGGAUGGGCCUGCAGAACGAUAAAUUUGACCAGUUCUGGGCCAUGAACCGCAAACUGAUGGAAUAUCCAACCGAGGAAUGCGGCUUUCGCUAUAUUCCUUUCAGGAUAUACCAGACGCCGAGUGACAGGCCGUUCAUCCAGAAGCUGUUCCGGCCCGUUUCUCUAGAAGGCCACACACUCACUCUGGGAGAUCUACUCAAAGAGAUGGUUCCUGCUGCCAUAUGCCAGGAUAACGAUCCAAAGAAAUACCUAGUGGUGAUUCACGGCAUCGAGCCACUGGUCGAGACUCCCGUCCAGUGGCUCAGCGAGCACCUGAGCUAUCCAGAUAACUUCCUUCAUAUCUGCAUCGUACCAGCACCAAACGACUGAUCCCUCUGCUGUCCAGGUGGCCCAAAAGUGACUCUAUUACUCCCAUCAUUCAGGACAGACCCUUUCAGAAGUCUGUUCACUUUCUCACACUUCUCCCAUUGACAUUUGCCUUCCUGGCUUGCCAUGCCUAUGACUACAAGAUUUGGACGAAUGGAAAUAAUGUUCUUUUCUUACGCAUGCCAUUGGGGUGUAAAUAACAUCUUUCACUGUCUCAGUAUCCAAUUGUUAUUACCUUGAUGUUUUUUAUGUAACAAAUUAGCCUGCUAGUGACUACAGUAUGCUCCGAAAUGUAGAAAUUAUCUCCUUUUCAGAUGAUUACAUCACUGGUAUGCAUCUCUCUCUUUUUUUUCCCCUCUCUUUACAUGUUGCCUUAAAACUCAGUCAUCUUCACACUGGCAUGACGAGUUGGCACACUCCUAAUUUUGUCCUGGUUUGCGGAGUGACUGAUAUUCUUGGGUCUAAAAGGUCAGAGCUUUAUGUUUUGAUCAGCCAGCCAUUACUAGCCUUUGUUUCAAUACAGUGCUCUGAAUAAUUGUUGGACAAACAAGUCUACCUUUGCCCAGUCCUGUGUAUUUGUUUCAUAUAGAACAAACCGUUAGUUCUUUAUGUGUAGCAAAACAAAAGACGAAAUAAAUUUGUAAAGACAAAAAAGAUGCAAAGACCUCCUGGGAACUGUUGCGGUAGCUGGAAAGUUAUUGGACAGUUUUUUUGAAUAAAUCUCUUGCUGCUUGAUUCAGAAAGCAUGCUUACAGAACGUCAACAAGUUUGUCCCAGGAUCUCAGGAUAUUCAUAUAUCCAGCUCUGUAUUAUAUGGGUGUCAUAUGAUUGAGUUUGUGAUUGGCUGAUCAGAUACACAUUAAGCUCCACCUUCAUUUGCCCAUGGACACCAGUGCAACACAUUUUGCAGUAUUUUUCAGCAGCUAAAUAACACAUUAAUUAUUCUUUUGGAUCUUGACUUACAACUCAUUAAAUUAUCUAUUUUAAACAUUAAACCUUUAAACCAGACAUUCAGGCGGUGGGAAGUUAUUACCCAUUUUUUUGGCAUGCACAGGGGGUUAAAAGUGGUGUGAAAUUUGCAAAUGGAGUUCUCUGAGUUGUAGUGGCAAACUCAGGAAUCCCACAAUUCCAGUGUGUAGGCGCAGUCUGGGACCUGGAAAUGUCCUUCAACCAGAUGACUUAUUUAAAUAAUUAACUCUAAUCUAAACUGAUCUAACAUCAUACAAAUAUAAAGACAUAAUAUGGG